AGUGCUGGGCUCGUGCCCCUCUCGGUGUGUGAGGAUAAGGAGACGGCGGAGUGGAAGCAUCCCCGGGACACCGCGUCAUCUGCUAAUAGUAAUUAAAUAAAUGGAAAACGCAGUACAUGUACAAAACCUGAUGUAAGAACCUUAUUGUGGAAUAUUGGCAUUUUUCUAAAACAGGUUUAUACAGGAUGCAUCAGGCGUAUCACCUAGGCUGCGUGAAUCCCUGAGGUGUCCAAGGGACCAGGAGACUUAUGUGGAGUUUGAACCAGUCAAAAGCUUGCCUGGGGACAUCUGCAGAGAGGAGGGAAGCAGAGAUAUAAUACUCAAAACCAAUCAUCAGCAUGAGAUCCAUACGCUCCUUUGCAAAUGAUGAUCGCCAUGUCAUGGCAAAGCACUCGACAAUAUAUCCAUCUCCAGAGGAACUUGAGGCUGUCCAAAACAUGGUGUCUACAGUGGAAUGUGCCCUGAAGCAUGUCUCUGAUUGGAUGGAUGAGAAAAACAACUGUGUGAAAGUGGAGAACGAUGUAAACGUCAAGAAAGAAGACAAUGAUGAAACCAAGGAUGAGAGUGGUCGUGUGUUGUGUGGAGUCAUGAGAAUUGGCUUGGUUGCCAAAGGGCUGCUCAUUAAAGAUGAUAUGGAUCUAGAAUUGGUUCUCCUGUGUAAGGAGAAGCCGACAGAGAGCUUGUUAUCCACUGUUCGAGACAACCUUCCACUACAAAUCCAGAAACUCACAGAAGAAUCAUACCAAGUGGGACAAUGCCUCGAAGAUGCAUCACUUAUUAUUCACAAUUCAAAAGAGCCCAAAUUAAAAUUAAAGGUUAUUCUAACUUCACCACUCUUCAGAGAAGAGGACGAGAGGCCAGGUGGAGUAGAAAAUGUUGCGAUGAAAGAUCCUCCGGACUUAUUGGACAGGCAGAAAUGCCUGAACGCCUUGGCGUCUCUGCGACAUGCCAAAUGGUUUCAGGCAAGAGCCAAUGGACUAAAAUCUUGUGUAAUUGUGCUGCGCAUUCUGAGAGAUCUGUGCAACAGAGUCCCCGCCUGGACCAAGCUGAAAGGAUGGCCAUUGGAACUGAUUUGUGAAAAAGCAAUAGGAACGUGCAAUAGGCCCCUGGGUGCUGGGGAAGCAUUACGGAGAGUCAUGGAGUGUCUUGCAUCAGGGAUCCUUCUUCCUGGUGGACCAGGUCUCCAUGACCCGUGUGAAAGGGAACCCACAGACGCCCUGUCAUAUAUGACAGUGACAGAGAGAGAAGAGAUAACACACAGUGCGCAGCAUGCGUUACGUUUGUUAGCGUUUGGACAAAUAUACAAAGUCUUGCAGAUGGACCCGCUUCCAUCCAACAAACCCUUCCAGAAAUACUCAUGGUCUAACACAGACAGGGAAGGCUCCAGUCUUAAAAGGCCAUUCGAUGAUGGGUCAUGUGAUGAUAAAGAUCCUAAUAAGAAGAUGAGACGCAAUCUACGCAAAAUUCUAGACAACAAAGCCAUAGAUUCUAACCAGCCAAUGAAUGCACUGAUGCGACUGAACCAGAUCCGACCUGGGCUGCAAUACAAACUCCUGUCUCAAUCAGGUCCUGUCCACGCACCGGUAUUCACCAUGUCAGUGGAUGUAGAUGGCACAACACAUGAAGCUUCUGGACCAUCAAAAAAAACCGCCAAGCUCCAUGUAGCUGUUAAGGUUUUGCAGGCAAUGGGAUACCCCACUGGUUUUGACGCAGAUAUGGAGUGUCUCAGUUCUGAUGAAAAAUCAGACAAUGAAGGCAAAAGUGAGUCCUGCAACUCCAGCAGUAACACAGGGAGUUCUACGGCAGAUAGCUCCAACACGUUGGAGGUUCGGACCCAAGGGCCCAUCCUUACGGCAAGUGGCAAGAAUCCUGUGAUGGAGCUGAAUGAGAAGAGAAGAGGACUCAAGUAUGAAUUAAUAUCAGAAAGUGGGGGAAGUCAUGACAAACGCUUUGUCAUGGAGGUUGAAGUGGAUGCUCAGAAAUUUAGGGGAGCAGGCCCAAACAAAAAGGUGGCGAAAGCUAGUGCAGCACUCGCUGCACUAGAGAAGCUAUUCUCUGGACCGAAUGCAGCAAACAAUAAAAAGAAAAAGAUUAUUCCUCAGACGAAAGGAGUGGUUAGCACAGCAGUUUCGGCAGCGGUCCAGGCAGCUCGUGGCCGAGGACGUGUGGCACUAACACGGGGAGCAUUUGUUGGGGCUGCAGCUGCGCCUGGAUAUAUAACUCCAAGUUAUGCAGCCCCGUAUGGCUACAGCGCUGCGGCCCCUGCCUAUGGUAUCCCCAAGAGGAUGGUUUUGUUACCAGUUAUGAAAUUCCCAGCAUAUCCUGUACACCACUACUCCUUUUUUUAACCGAUACAUUUUGCUCAGACAGUCAAGAAUGUUGGAGAAGCAUCUUGUUUUCUUUGGCUGAAGGAAAAUCCUUUGUAAAGAACCCUUUUUUUCCUACUUUUUUAUUUUAAAUAAUACAUAUUUAGUUCUUUAAAACUUGAAAUAAAAUUGUACUGUGAAAUGUUACCUCAUUUACAGAUAACUUAACUCUUUUACUGCUGGGGAGCAAAUCCAUGUAUAGAAAGUAAAUCUGGCAGAGUAAGAGUUAAGCUAGCCUUCUGUCCUAGGAAGACGUAGGGAGUACAAAAAAUCAUUUUAAAUGAAGUACAAAGCUGUAAAAUUAUUAAAUAAUAUUUGUGAAGGAUGUAUAAUAUUAAACUGAUAACAGAAUAAAAUGUUUUGUCCUAAAACAA